CUCUUCAUGGAAUUCCAAUUCCCUCUUAAAAUCCUCCUACUUUCGUGCUCUCCAAACGAAACUUAAACACAUCACACAAAGGCUGGAUUCCAUAUUAUUUAGUGUUUUAGUUGACUUGUAGAACACAAGUCUUCAAUCUUUAUAUCUCUCCCCUUCGAUUCUUUUUGUCUACCUGUCAUACAUAAAUCAACUCUCUCUUUUCUUCUUCAAACCCAAUUCUCUGCUACUGUUACCACUCAUGCACCACCGCUUCAGCAACUGAACAGCCAUUUUGACUUUGUUUUUUUUUUUUUAAAUUAGUGGGUCGUUAGAAAUGAAGAGCGAAGACCAAGCAAGGUCUCUGUUUGGUAUCUCCCUCUCUGAUCGACCCAGGUGGCAGCAGUUCCUCAUUUGUUCUUCCGGCUUCUUCUUUGGCUAUCUCGUUAAUGGGGUUUGUGAGGAAUAUGUGUAUAAUCGGCUUCAAUUCAGCUAUGGUUGGUAUUUCACUUUUGUACAAGGAUUUGUAUACUUGGUACUCAUAUACUUGCAAGGUUUCACCACCAAACGAAUGUUGAAUCCGUGGAAAACAUAUGUAAAACUCUCUUUCGUGUUAAUGGGUUCUCAUGGAUUAACUAAGGGCUCCUUGGCCUUCCUCAACUAUCCAGCUCAAAUCAUGUUCAAGUCCACAAAGGUGCUUCCUGUAAUGAUAAUGGGUGCCUUCAUUCCUGGAUUGAGAAGGAAAUACCCAGUUCAUGAAUACAUCUCUGCUCUGCUGCUAGUUGUUGGUCUGAUCCUUUUCACCUUGGCAGACGCCCAAACUUCUCCAAAUUUUAGUAUGGUUGGUGUCGUAAUGAUAUCAGGUGCUUUAGUUAUGGAUUCCUUUUUGGGUAAUUUGCAAGAAGCAAUUUUCACCAUGAAUCCCGACACAACACAGAUGGAGAUGCUGUUUUGUUCAACAGUAGUGGGGUUGCCUUUCUUACUUGCACCAAUGGUUCUAACUGGAGAGCUCUUUAGGGCCUGGAAUUCAUGUUCACAACAUCCAUAUGUAUAUGGGGUGUUAGUAUUUGAAGCCAUGGCUACAUUUGUGGGGCAAGUGUCUGUUCUAUCUCUCAUUGCCAUUUUCGGAGCUGCCACCACUGCCAUGAUAACAACAGCGAGAAAGGCAGUAACUCUGUUGAUCUCAUACUUGAUAUUUACAAAGCCUUUAACUGAGCAACAUGGGACUGGGCUGUUGCUCAUUGCUAUGGGGAUUAUAUUGAAAAUGAUGCCGGAAAACAAAGCCCCCACUAAGACUCUGAAUUCGUAUAUCAUCUCCAAUAACAGGAAAUCCCCGCUACAAGAAGAGAAAAUCUCAUCAGAAAAUGAAGACAAUGACGAGAAAAGACCCUUGGUGUAAAUUUUAGGGAGCACUAUCUGUUCUGUUGUUGCAUUUCCAUUAAUAUCUUUGCUUUUCUAUUCAUAAAGAAGAAGAGAAAAAAUAAUAGCUAAAUUUGAUGUAAAGUUCUCCAUUAAAAACGAUAAAGCUUUCUUUUCUUUAAAUAUUGUGGGAAUUUAAUUUAAUUAGAUCAAUUACUUGGAUCA